ACAGGAAAAAUUCAUGACCUGCGUUUAUUCUGCUAGCAGUACAUAUAGUUUAUGGUUUUAUAUAUUCAGAACCACUCCUGCCUCCGUUGACAUUUAUUUUAUAUUCAUUGCCUGAAAGUUUCUAACAACCCCAUUGAUUAAGCAAGAGGUGAAGGAUACACUAAUCCUGUUUAAGUGCAGAGGAAGUGCGAAGCAACAUCCCAUGGCUGAAGAAGUGAAGCUGUUUGGUGCUUGGGGAAGCCCUUUUAGCCGUAGAGUGGAGAUUGCUUUGGAACUGAAAGGUAUCCCUUUCGAGUACAUAGAAGAGAAUGUCUCUGAUGACAAGUUUAAGAGUCCUUUGCUUCUGAAAUACAAUCCAAUUCACAAGAAAGUACCUGUGCUCCUGCACAAUGGAAAACCAGUCCUGGAGUCUCUUAUUAUUCUCGAAUACGUUGAUGAAACUUGGAAAGACAAUCCCAUUUUGCCUGAAGAUCCUCAUGAAAGAACCAUGGCCCGUUUCUGGGCUAGGUUCAUAGAUGAGAAGUGCAUGCCUCCAGUGUGGAAAGCUCUUUUAGGCACAGGGGAAGAGCGAGAGAAGGCCCUGGAAGAAGUAAGAGAGUGUCUGAAAACACUUGAAGGUGUACUCAAUGGAAAGAGAUUCUUUGGAGGAGAGACAAUCGGACUGCUUGACAUUGCUGCCAACUUCAUCGCCUUUUGGCUUAGGGUCAUUCAAGAAGUUUCAGGACUAGAGUUUCUGACAGCAGACAAAUGCCCUGUGUUGAUCAAAUGGUGUGACGAGUUUGUAAGCUGCAAUCCUGUCAAGGAACACCUGCCUCCUAGAGAUAAACUGAUUGCCUUUAUGAAAAACUGGCUAUCUGGUGAUGGAUGGACAGAUUAAUGCUAUCCCAAAUCAACCAUUUUCCAGAUGAUUUUAUGGCAAAAAUACUUCUUGA